AUGAACCAUACUCGACCAACGAGGUCCAGACACGUACGGCCGUCAUCCACGCUGGACCUGCAAAGGACCAAAGGACCUAAAAGCUUGGCCACUAGCUCGCUACAUCUUUCUCUGCCCGGUGGCCUCAGCUCAGCACCCGAUCGACAGCACCUAACUGUCCUUGUAGGUGAGCCAGAGUAACGGCGGACCAACAUCUCCCGAUCAUCCUGACCGCCGCGCGCCGCUUGUGAUCCAUCAUGCAGGACUGCAAAAUCACAUAUCGUCGCUUUCUCAUCUACACGUCUUUGCAGUCUGAAGGCCAGUCAUGGUGGACUCGGGAACGAUUCUCUUUGCAGGUCUGCUCCUGCUACCGCCCGCCUUGAUUUACCUCGUCAUCAGGCCGUACCUUAAAGCAAGCUCGAGCGGCGGCAAAAAGCCCUACACUGGCAAAUAUGACCCUUCUACCGGAUUGGGCAGAGGGGCACCAGGCUUCACGACCAAUGUGGCUCGUAUACCCGUGCCCGCGCACAUUGUGGCUAGGAUCAGGGCAGGCGAAGAAGUGAGCGCGGAGGAGAUCACUGCUGCUCAGGAUGAGGUGAGAAGGAAGAUGGAGCGAGAGGAGAGGGAGAAGAGAGGGGAGAGCGAGGAGGAGCAAGCCAAGUCAAAAAAGGGAAAGAAGGGCAAGAGACGAUGA